ACUCACCGGUGGCGGACCGGCUCGCUCACCACCACGCUCUUUUCCUCCUCUGCCUUAUCUUCUUCCCCUUCACCUACACUCCACAAAACCAAACCAAGCGAUGGAGAUAAACCCCACGAAUUUCCUCACACGGUAGGUAGAAUCCAGCUAGCGGCCAUGGCAAUCGCAUUGGCAGCCUUCCUCCUGAUACCGCUCUUCUCCCUGGGCGCAGUCUUCGUCCUCCGUGCGUGGCGACUCGACAAGAAGGCGCCGGCGCAGCGCACGCCGAGGACGCGGCCGUACCCGCUGCUCGGCCACCUGCCGCAGUUCCUGGCGAACCGGCACCGCGUACUGGACUGGCUCACCGAGGUGCUCGCGCUCCAGCCCACCUGCACGCUCGUGUUCCGCCGGCCCGGCGGCGUCCGCGGCGUCAUCACGGCGAACCCGACCAACCUGGAGCACAUCAUGCGCGCCAGCUUCGAUAACUACCCCAAGGGCCAGCGCUUCGCGGCGCUGCUCCACGACUUCCUCGGCCGGGGCAUCUUCAACGCCGACGGCGAGCCGUGGCGCGCGCAGCGGAAGGCGGCCAGCUACGAGUUCAACACGUGCUCGCUCCGCCUUUUCGUGGCCCGAAGCGUGCACAGCGAGCUGCACGGCAGGCUCCUCCCGCUCCUGCGUCGUGCCGCCGGGUCCGGCAGCCAGCUCGACCUCCAGGACAUGCUCGAGCGGUACGCGUUCGAUAAUAUCUGCCGCGUCGCCUUCGACCACGACCCCGGCCAGCUCCCGGACGGAGACGACGGAUGCGGCGCUCGCCCAGAAGUCGAGAGCGCGGCGACGACCGCGAGCAGCAGCUUCGCCGACGCGUUCCGGGACGCGGCCAAUCUCAGCGCGGGCAGGUUCCAGUACGCCGUCCCAGGAUUCUGGAUGAUAAAGAAGGCGCUUAACCUGGGCUCCGAGCGGCGGCUGCGCGAGUCAAUUGCCAUGGUGCACGGCUUCGCCGAUCGCAUCAUACGGUCGCGGCGGGAGGAGAUGAGCAUGGGCUGCGAGAAGCACGACCUGCUGUCGAGGUUCAUGGCGAGCCAGGGCGAGAGCUACACCGAGACGUCCCUCCGAGACGUAGUGAUCAGCUUCCUCCUCGCGGGGCGGGAAACGACAUCCUCAGCGCUCACCUGGUUCUUCUGGCUGCUGUCCUCGCGCCCGGACGUGGAGCGCCGCAUCCGCGACGAGGUCGCCGCCGUGCGCGCCCGCCGAGCGGUCGGUGAUCUCGGCAGACCCGGGUUCGAUCUCGACGAGCUGAGGGAGAUGCACUACGUGCACGCGGCCAUCACGGAGUCGAUGCGGCUGUACCCGCCGGUGCCGGUGAACUUUCUGCGGGCAGAGGCCGCCGACGUCCUGCCGGACGGCACGGCGGUGGGGGCAGGUUGGUUCGUGGCGUACAACUCGUACGCCAUGGGGAGGAUGGAGCCCGUGUGGGGCGAGGACGCGCGGGCGUACCGGCCGGAGCGGUGGCUGGACCCGGCGGAGGGGACGUUCCAGCCGGACAGCCCGUUCCGCUACAUAGCGUUCCACGCGGGACCGAGGAUCUGCCUCGGGAAGGAGAUGGCCUACAUCCAGAUGAAGUCUAUCGUGGCGUGCGUGCUGGAAGAGUUCGAGCUCGCGGUGGACGGCGCGUACCGGCCGCGGCAGGUGACCUCCUUGACGUUGCGGAUGGCGGACGGGCUCCCGGUGAGGGUGAAGGCUAGAGUGAAUUGAGCACGACGACAAGAUGGAGGGAAAUUUUGUUUUAAAUAUGGUAACCGUAUAGAAGAACGUCAGUGAGUGAAAGAUGAAUUCCAGAAUACACAAUGGUGUUUUUCUUAGGAGAGUGGUUUUUUCUACGCCCACCAACAUUCCACCUGAUGCACGCGUGAUCGGAAACAUAGCAAAAAAAAAAAACUUAGAAAGAUCUGAAACUUGAUUGCUUUGAUUAUGACCAAAUGUUUCAGGUGCUUGUAAAAUUUCGAGGCCAAAUGACAUCCGAGGAGCUCUCUCCAAAGAACAA